UCAAUGGCCGACGAGAAGAAUAAAGUAAUCGAUGAGAAGCUUAAGCUCGAGAAAAGUUUGAAUGAGUAUCAGAUUAUUUGCGACAAAAUGAAGGCUGAAUUCAAGAAUUUAAAGGAGAGCGAAGACUACUAUAGGAAUCAGUCUAUGAAUGCCAACAAUAAGUUACAGGAAUAUGAGAAACACUAUCGAGAGCUCAGUGAUAAAUGUGUGGCACUUGAGAGACAGAAAAUUUCACAGAACGAUAUAAAAGAAAUGGAAAACGAAUUGAUGUCUUAUAGGAUUCAACAGAAGAAGUCUGAAAUGAGAAUCGGUUCUCUCGGCCAACAGUUGGAGCAGAAAAUCAUAGAAAACAAAGAGUUGUCUGAAAUGGUCGACGAACUCAUAGCCAAAGUCCGCAAAUAAAUCAUAUUUUUAGGUAAUUUUUAAUUCACUCCUAUUUUUUUUCAAAGAACUGAAUAUUUUAAUGAAUAAUUCAAAUCUCAUUUA